AUGGCCCCGCCCCGCGACGAUCAUCUUGAUCAUCCCGAAUACCGUAGAUCGGGGAUUCAAGAAAGCCGCAGCGACAAUGCAGAUGCCGGCAGUAACCUCGAGGUCGCUCAGCUCACCGUUCCCGACCUUCCCGACGAUCUACUCCCCAGACAAGCACCUCCGCUUCCAGACCGUGGAGUCAGCAGACGGCAGUCACAGCCCUUUGGGGGCCAAAACCAUCUUCCAGCUGUCGAGAACUCCGUCACGGCCGAAAAUGUAGGCCAGAGAAGUCAAUCCAACAUCCCGUCGAGCCCUCCAGAGCGCCAGACGAGCGGCGGCUUCGGAGGGCUUUGGCAAGACAACAACAACAACAACAUCGAUAUCAUGAUCAAGACACAAGCAACUAUGGCUGCCCACAUUGAAUCUUUGACUGCGAGGGUUGAGAUGGCCGAGGAGAGGCAGUCACGGGCUGAACAUGCCCUAGAGGAACGCAUCAGAGCAAGGGACGACCUGAAUGAGAAGCUCAGGAAGAUUGAGAAUUUCACGGAGAAUCUGGAAGAGACGAAGAAGGAGAACGAGGCCUUGAAAGAACAACUCCGGGACGCUCAGUCACAUAUUUUUAGUCUACAGCCGUAUCGGAAAGAUGUGACUCCUGAGGAGGUCAGACGUCAAUACACCAAUCUUGUGGAUGGUAUCGGUGACUGGGUUGCCAAGUUCAUGUUCCCCUGGCUCGAUCGCCAUCAAGAAAGUCUUGAAAUGAUAUCGAAUGGGCUUCGUAAACGGCCCGGGGAUGCGGCCAGGAUCAAGCGCGCACUUUCCAAGAAUGCUGACCUCUUCCACGCAACCAAGUACCCUGACACAGAUGAAGAUGUGGUGAUAUCUCUUAUCUUGCGGCACCUUAACGAUCAUAUUUUCCAAAAGACACUCUACAAUCUCAUUCCGGACAAUAUCAGUCUGCUCCAGGCCAUCGAACGAGCCAUGCAAUCUGCUGAGCCAAAGCGAGAUCUUUUUGCUACUCGCACCUGGAUUGCCGAAGCGUACACAGCUCUCAUAAACAUGGACAGAUUUCGAUCGAUGCGCCAAGAGAGAGAGAAAGAGAUCGCACUUGACCUGGUCGAGCUCCUGAGGGUCUUUUGCAGUCGUGAUCAGAUGGAUGCUUUUUGUGUGGGAUUCGUCCAUGAAUGCGUCCGCCCCGCGAUGAAGUUGUAUGAAAAGAUCCUGAUUUCGACGCACGUCUUUUAUCUGGACCCUACCCCAUACGCAGCCUGGGUACAUGACAGCCCCGGCGACGUAGAGCUGUCUCCCCGUUUUUGGAAACAUCUGGCUGAGCACAAGCUGGAGUGUAAAAAUGUUUUACAGAAUCGCAAAACAUUCGACCCCCGAAAGUUAAAUCCUGAACCGACAGAGAGGGAGCUCUGUCAGAAUCUUGAAGUGGUAUGCAUGGUAGCACCACCGCUGUACAUGCGUCAGAUUGGCAGACAGGAUACUGUUCGAGAACCUGAUUUGGUGCGGAAACAGCAGAUGCUUGUCGCUUGGGGAUCAGAAGAGAAGCGGAUCAAGUUCAAGAAAUGCUCCGACCAAACGUUGAUCAGCGCCAUCUGCGCAGCCAACGAGCGUGAAGCCUGGGCUGCAUUUCGGUGGGCAUAG